AUGUCGUCGUCGUCGGUGCUGCAGCUUUUCAGCCUCGAAGGCCAGACGGCGCUGGUCACGGGAGGGACACGAGGGAUCGGCAAGGAGAUGGCCCUCGCGCUCGCCGAAGCAGGAGCCGACGUGCUGCUCGUUCAGCGCGACGAGACCAACCAAACCACGCACCAGGCGAUCCUCUCCCUCGGGCGGCGGUCCCAGAUCUACACGGCGGACCUCUCCUCCGCCGGCUCGGUGGCGGCGCUGGUGCCGCGGAUCCUGUCGGACGGGCACGAGAUCGACAUCCUGGUGACGAGCGCGGGGAUCCAGCGGCGGCACGCGGCGGAGGCGUUCCCGGCCGACGACUGGGCCGAGGUGCUGCAGGUGAACCUGACGGCGGCGUUCACGAUCAGCCGGGACGUGGGCGCGCACAUGCUGUCGCGGGCGGCGCCGGCAGGUCCCGGGCGGAGGAGGGGCAGCAUCGUCCACAUCGCGUCGCUGCUGAGCUUCCAGGGCGGGCUGAACGUGCCGGCCUACGCCGCCAGCAAGGGCGGCAUCGCGCAGCUGACCAAGGCGCAGUCGAACCAGUGGGCGGGCCGGGGCAUCACGGUGAACGCGAUCGCGCCGGGCUACAUCGCGACGGAGAUGAACGCGGCGCUGCUGGCGGACGACGCGCGGAACCGGGCCAUCCUGGAGAGGAUCCCCGCGGGCAGGUGGGGCCGGCCGGAGGAUUUCAGGGGCGCGGUGGUCUUCCUGGCGAGUGCCGCCGCGGCCUACGUCAGCGGGGAGGUGCUGACGGUGGACGGCGGCUGGAUGGGGAGGUGA